CAACCAGCGACUUCUAUCUUGGCAGGCAACACCAAGAGUUUGAUUACAUAUAUAUCAUGUAUGUAUACCAUGGCGUAUCCUACACCAAGAAGAACACAUACUCACGGCAAAAGCAGACAUGGACACGCUCCAACUAGCCUGCAUCCAGAUAGCCAUAGCCUUGCUCUUGCUUACUCAAGCCAAGAGCACCACAGAGGACACAUCUGCCGUGCGUCCAAAUAAUACGGUCACCAGCUGUAUUGCCGGUGAGAGGUCUGCCCUUCUCGCCUUCAAGGCAGGUCUAUCAGACCCUACCAACCUCCUUCCAUCAUGGAAGGGUGAUGACUGCUGCCGAUGGAAGGGCGUCUACUGCAGCAACAGAACCAGCCAUGUUGUCAGGCUCGAUCUCCGAGGCCCAGGUUACAGAACCGGCAAUAAGAGCAGGCAGGUACUAGCAGGCAACAUAAGUUCCUCGUUGCUUGGUUUACAUCAUCUUCGGUAUCUCGACCUCAGCUACAAUGGGUUUGACAAGAUGCAAAUACCAGAGUUCAUGGGUUCUCUCCAUCAGCUGAGAUAUCUCGACCUGUCGUGGUCACGGUUCACUGGAAGGAUACCACCGCAGCUGGGUAAUCUCUCCAACUUAGAGUACCUAAAUCUUGACACCCACUCAUACGUGAGUGUUGAUUCUUCUUUCCAUAGUGGCACAUAUUCCACCGAUAUCACCUGGUUGUCACAGUUAACUUCCCUUGAGCACCUGGAUAUGACUGGGGUGAACCUCAGUACUAUUGUUCGCUGGCUUCCGGUGGUGAACAUGCUUUCAAUUCUGAAAGUUCUUCAUCUUUCCGAUUGCCAGCUUAGAAGUAGCCCUGAUUCUCUUCUGCUCUCAAACCUGACAUCUCUUGAAACACUUGACCUCUCCGAAAACAAGUUCCAUAAACGUAGCACACCCAACUGGUUUUGGGAUUUAACUAGCCUCAAGAAUCUAGAUAUCUCGGGCAAUGGUUUCUAUGGCCCGUUUCCAGAUGAGAUAGGUAAUAUGACCUCCAUUGGGGAGCUUAAUUUAGCAGAUAAUAACCUUGUGGGCAUGAUACCAUCCAAUUUGAAGAACCUAUGUAAUUUGGAGAGAUUAAAUUGUUACUCGAACAAUAUCAACGGGAGUAUAACAGAAUUAUUCAACCGAUUACCCAGUUGUUCAAAGAGUAAACUACAGAAGUUGUAUCUACCAGAAAGCAAUUUGACUGGAAGCCUGCCGACUAGACUAGUAGAGCCCUUGAGAAACCUGAGCUGGCUGGAUCUUUCUGAGAACAAACUCACUGGUCAUGUCCCGGUGUGGAUAGGAGAGCUCAAGCAGCUAACGAGGUUGGUGCUUAACUCUAAUAACCUGGAUGGGUUCAUGCAUGAAAGCCAUUUAUCACGUCUAGCUAUGUUGAAGGAAUUGACAUUGUCAGACAACUCCAUUGCUAUCACAGUGAGUCCAACUUGGGUUCCUCCUUUCAGUCUAACAAUGAUUCAACUUGGGUCAUGCCAUCUAGGGCCUAAAUUUCCAACAUGGCUUAGAUGGCAAAAGAACUUGCAGAAUCUUGAUAUAUCAAACACAAGCAUAAAUGACAUGGUACCAGAUUGGUUUUGGAUAGCAGCUUCCUCUGUAGAGUAUCUGAAUAUUCGAAAUAAUCAGAUUACAGGAGUGCUCCCAUCAACGAUGGAAUUUAUGAGAGGAAUAGAUAUGGAUUUCAGUUCUAACCAGCUUGGUGGUACAAUACCUAAACUUCCUAUCAAUCUAACCGACCUGGAUCUCAGUCGUAACAAUCUAGUUGGGCCACUACCAUUAGACUUUGGAGCGCCAGGUCUUGAAACACUUUUUCUAUAUAACAACAUGAUCUCUGGGGCCAUUCCAUCUUCUUUGUGCAAGUUACGAUCGUUGAAGUCAUUAGAUAUAUCAAGAAAUAACCUCAAUGGAUCAAUUACCGAUUGCUCAGUCAAUGAGUCCAGCACAAACACGACAGAUCUGACCAUCGUUAAUCUAAGCUUCAGAAACAACAACCUCUCUGGUGAAUUUCCUUCACUUCUCCGGAAAUGUCCACGACUCAUCUUUCUUGAUCUCGGACAUAAUCGAUUCUCUGGGGCUUUACCACCAUGGAUUGGGGAGAAGCUAUCAUCCUUGUCAUUCUUACGACUGAGAUCCAAUAUGUUUCGUGGUCACAUUCCAGUCGAGCUUACGAAGCUUGUUGAUCUUCAGUAUUUGGACCUUGCCUACAAUAAUAUAUCAGGGAGCAUACCGAGAUCUAUUGUUAAUUGGACAAGCAUGACACAAACAAGCGACAACUUUUUUGUUCUUGAGAAUGCAUUAACUACUCAAGGAGGAAGUGAUGCAAAUCGAGCAAUUGACUAUACAGAAAAUUUCACGAUACUCACGAAAGGUCAAGAGAGACUAUAUACAGGAGAAAUCAUAUAUAUGGUGAAUCUUGAUUUAUCUUGUAAUAGUCUUACCGGAGAGGUUCCUGAAGAAAUCGGCACUCUUAUGGAAUUGAAGAACCUGAACUUGUCAUGGAACAACUUCAAUGAAAAAAUCCCUGAGAAUGUUGGUGCCUUAAUGCAAGUGGAGUCACUCGACCUAUCGCACAACGGUUUGUCUGGUGAAAUCCCUUCAAGCUUAUCAGCUCUCACGUCACUGAGUCGCCUGAACCUUUCUUACAACAAUCUGAGAGGAAAGAUACCAACUGGAAAUCAACUGCAAACACUCGAAGACCCAACAUCUAUUUAUAUUGGCAACCCCGGCCUCUGCGGUCCUCCUCUCUCUGUAAAUUGUUCGUCACAGCCCGAGCCAAUUCCAGGAGGAAACCAUGGAGAUGCAAGUGACGGCAUGGUUUUCUUUUUCCUCGCCAUGGGCUCUGGAUAUGUGAUGGGUCUCUGGGUGGUCUUCUGUACAUUCUUGUUCAAGAGGAGAUGGAGAGUUUCGUGGUACUCGCUCUGUGACAGCCUGUAUGAUUGGGUUUAUGUGCAUGUGGCUGUUACCUGGGCUUCCUUGAGAGGUAAAAUUAAUGGUUAG